GAUCGCAUGAUGUUUUGUCGAAGUUUUACAUUUUUUUUAAAGUGCAAUUCCGCUAUCGUUUGCAAUGCUUUAAAGUAAAAAUUAUCGAUUAUCCUGUUUAUUUUUACCAAAGAACCCGGACUGAUCAAAGAUUGCAGGGGCAUUUACGAGCAGAUAGUCUGAGAUAGGACGGCUUGUUUGCAGCUCGUUGUGACAGCUUUAGUUAUGGUUGUGAUUUUGGCAGCGCAACGUUGGCAUCCGAGUGAGCAGAGUGUGCUGGAUCUCCGAUCUCAACUCUCCAUUCUACUCCUUUUUAUGAUGAUUUUAUCCAGUUUUCUUUAUACGAUAUCCAUUCAAACGGUCUCUUCCAGUUUGUAGUGAAGGCUUUGGUUUAAUGAGAGUACUCAGUACAUGCCAGAAUUUAUCUUGCCGUUUUCAGUUAAUUACCCGGAUUUCAAAUUGUGAUAUCAGUACUGCAGCGAAUACCGCUUUCGAAUUAUUGUGAUUGUUUUUCGUUGUGGGAUCUUAUUCAGUCGCAUGCGUGACUGCUAGAUACUCGCGUAAUGCCUUUAACUCCGCGACCAUCGUCUUCUCCACAUUCAUUAAUACCCGAGCCAUGGAAAUCAGAUAUUCUGAUCAAGUUGGGUCGAAGAAAUCGCGUGGAAGGCGAAAACUUCAAAUCCGUGUUCGACGCCUACGGGAGAUUAUUUGAGCAUGCGGAUUCACUGAAAUCCCAGAGCAUCCAGCUCAAUUUACAAGUUGAGAAGCUUAAGGAGGAAAAUCUGCGGAUUGCCGUCCGCGGCGGGGACGCCGGCGAUCCGAAAGCGUCGGAGAAAGUGGCUAUGCUGGAGCAGAAGAUUUAUCGCCUACAGGAGGAGCUGACUGAUUUGCACCGGAAGAAGGGCGAUAAUGCACAGCAGCUGGUGGAUAUGCGGAAUCAGCUGCAGGAAAAAGAGCGCAUCCUCCUCGAAAAGGAUCGCAAGAUUCAGGAUCAAGAGGCGAUGAUCUACACGACCAAACAAGCCAUCAAACAGUCGGAAGCGGCUGUGCUGGAAUUGGAGCGUUCCAAUCAGUUGCUCAAGGAUGAGCAGCAAGCCUUACACAUUGCCUAUUGUAGUAUGGAGGAGAAGUUCCGUAAAAUGGCAUUGGAAAAUCAGGAGUUGAUUGAUCGCUGGCUGAAGCUGAAGGCACAGGAAGUGGACCGGAUGAACCAGGAAGCUGAGGCCUCGGCCCGGCUGCGGCAACGCUCCAUGCAGCAUGACAUCCUGGAAGCCGCCAAAGAGCCUGUCAAUGUGAAUCUUGAUAAUUUAUUGAGAUUGGAUGAGUUUUCCGUGCCUCCCAUCUGCUGUGUGAUCAUUCCGUCCGUUGCUCAACGAAAAAUAGAUGCUCAUGAAGGUGAAGUCAAUGCCGUCCGCUGGAGUCCGACGGGACGUUAUUUCGCCACCGGCGGCGCCGACCGGAAAGUCAAAUUAUGGGAAACCGGCGGUCCCAGCGGACCGGAAUGUCGUGGCAUCCUCACCGGCUCCAACGCCGCCGUGAUGUCCGUCGAGUUCGACCCGGGCGAGAGCUUGGUGGUCGGCGCCUCCAACGAUUUUGCCGCCCGCGUCUGGACCAUCAGUGACCAACGGCUUAGGGUACACACACUAACCGGACAUUCCGGAAAAGUAUUAUCCUGUAAAUUUAUCUCCGGGCCCAACCGCGUUGUCUCGGGCAGCCAUGAUCGGACGUUGAAGCUGUGGGAUCUGCGGAGUCGAGCCUGUGAGAAGACGAUCUUUGCCGGGUCCAGUUGUAAUGAUCUGGUGGUGUAUGGGAGUCAGAAUAUUAUCAGCGGACAUUUCGAUAAGAAGAUACGCUUCUGGGACACACGAUCGGAUAAUAGCGUUAAUGAGCUGCUGUUACAAGGGAAAAUCACCUCGCUUGAUUUGUCCUCAGAUGGAUUUUACCUUCUUUCGUGUUCACGGGAUGAUCUUCUGAGGGUAAUCGACGUUCGGAUGAACCAAGUCACCGUCACCCUUGCUGCGGAAAAUUUCAAAGUGGGAUGCGAUUGGUCCCGCGCAGUAUUCAGUCCCGAUGGGCAGUACGCGAUGGCCGGCUCCAACGACGGCAACCUGUAUGUGUUCAACUUGAAAACGGGCCAGGUGGACAACGUGGAGAAGAUCCUGAAAGAACACCCGACCACCAUCACGGCGUGCUCCUGGCAUCCGCAGGGCAAUCAGCUGCUGUCUUGUGAUCGAAAUAAGAAAGUUAUUCUGUGGAGUGAUAUGUGAACACGACAACGGUAGUUCGGCGGCUGGCUGUGGAUUGUUUGACGAUGCUCUUUCUCGUUUUUGUUGUGAUUUUUUAUUUCGGUGUUUUUGUCUGUUGUUUCCGGAUCGAUUUUGGUGUUAGGAUGCUAAAGCAUGUUGCCGAUGGGGAGACGAGAUUUUUGUUUUUUUGAUACGUCACGGAUGUGAUCAUGCUGAGAACAGCAUUAAAAACGUCACUAAUAAUUUGAAUUUUGAGAUACGGUGAGAAUAUAUUGUAGAAGAACCCUUUAUCUGGUGAUGAUAGUUGGUCAGCGUCACUGCAACGUGACAGUAGCAAUUAUGUAAUGAUAUGUAAUGAUUUGCAAGAAAGUGUGAUAACGUGGGAGAACGGUUAGACUAUCUGUGACGUAUCAAACUAUCCGUUAGACUAUCACAUCCGUGACGUAUCAAAAAAACAAAAAUCUCGUCUCCCCAUCGGCAACAUGCUUUAGCAUCCUAACACCAAAAUCGAUCCGGAAACAACAGACAAAAACACCGAAAUAAAAAAUCACAACAAGUACCGUGAUAUGCAAAUCUGCAAUGAGCAAACCUGGUUGCGAAUUGCUUCCAAGUUCCAAUCAAAGUUCGAAGAUGCUUUUCCGCAUAAAACACCAGGAACGUAUUAGCAAAAGCUAAGCUGAAAUUAAAGGCAAAAUAGCGCGUACUAUCGGCAGUCCGCAUUUGGUAAAAAAUCGGUUAAACCAAAAAUCUACAGCCGAUUUGGUUGCUUCAUAACCGUGUUGCUUACAU